AUGGAGCGAGUGAUAAUUGUGGGAGCAGGUCUUUACGGCCUGAUUGCCGCGAAGACCUAUCUACAAGUGAAGGGUGUGUAUGCUGGCGAAGGAGAAACCAACUCCACAGCUGAGCUAGAGGGCAUACCACCAUGUUUUGCCCAUCACGGUCAUAAGGUCAAGCGUGCCGAUGGGUGUCAUUUGCUUGUGCUCGAUGCUGCAUCGGAUAUUGGAGGUACCUGGGCAAAAAGACGUCUCUAUCCAAACCUUCUCAGCCAAAACUCCUAUGGUCUGUAUGAAUUCAGCGAUCUGUCUCUUGCCGAUGCUGUCCCCUCCGAAGAAAGCAAGGGAAAUUCGCAGUUUAUUCCCGGGUGGAAGAUCAACCAAUACUUGCACACAUGGGUCGGUAAAUGGGACCUCCAGAAACACAUCAAGUUGAACUCGAAAGUUGGCAUAUCUUUCUCAUGUUUUAUUCGCUCGGCUAAUCGUUAUCAGGUCAACAGCAUCAGUCGCCUCGAAACCAAGGAAUGGAACCUCAACGUUGCUGUCAUGGACCACCUUGGUCAUUACCAAAAUAUCCACAUAAUAUGCGAUAAGUUGAUCUUGGCAACAGGGCUAACCUCGGUCCCAAAUUUACCAGAUAUAGAUGCAUCCAAGAGAGCCGGCAAACACUUUACACAAGAGAUACACGCCAAGGAUAUCGGGAGCUGGUCUCGCAUGAAUCUAGGGUACCAGCCUCUCCCCAGACCCGACAAGAUCAUACAAAUUCCACAGAUUCCACAACCACCGCCAUCUAAGAUACGAUCUGUCGUUGUCUAUGGGGGAGCCAAAUCUUCGUUUGACUUGGUUCAUUUUUUUGCGACGAUUCAUCGAAAGGAUCCUUCCUUGCAUCUACAGUUCACACCCGAAGACCAUGUCCAAGUACAUUGGAUUGUUCGAGACAACAGCCCAGGCCCAGCAUGGAUGGUUCCACCGACCUCCUCACUUCCCUCUGGAGAGGUUGUGGCCACCGAAAAGGCAGCAAGCACGAGGUUCAUCCAUUAUCUAAGUCCAUGCUCUUAUGAGGCGCCCAAGCGCCUCUAUGUACGGAAUUGGAGAAUACAUGGAGAUGGAUCAUGGCUAGCUCGUCUUUUCCAUGGAAAUAUCUUUGGGAGAUGGUGGAUACGUUGGCUAUGGAAUUCUGUGGAUCGGAGCAUGGAGGAAUUCGCACAAUAUGAUGGAGAUGAAAAACUGAAGCUCCUUCGGCCGAACAAGAGCAUCAUUUCCUGUGGUGCCAGUCUUGGUAUUGCGAACCAGCACGACUUUCACUCGCUGAACCAUUUUCGGGAAAACGAUGGAUCGACACAACAGUGUGCUACAGUAUCAUUGGCAGAUGGCAGAAACAUUGAUAAUGUUGAUCUCGUUGUUCAUGCUACUGGUUAUAAGCCAAUCGUCCCAAUCAAGACUUCGCCACCAAGUUUUCGACUCACCCUUGGUUUGUCAGGCAUUGCCAGCUCUGACUUCCUGGGAGAUGUUGAGGAUUCAAACGAGCCUCAGAAAAUGAUUGAUGUUCCUCUUGAUUCCACUACAAAGGAUCAAUGUCAGUACUGGCAAAUCCUUGACGCAGCGCUCGAGCCAGCGAUCAAGCAAAGACUAGUCGAUUGUGGAUGCGUCCCGCUGGAAAAAUCCGAUCCAUCAUGGAGUAGGCCAAAUAAAUUCAUUCCAUAUCGGCUAUUUCGUCGCAUGGUUGCUCCAGAACUAGCUGCCGAGGGAGACCGUUCCUUCGCAACCCUCGGGAUUGUUCUCGGUUCCACGAUUGCAGUUAUCGCUGAGGUGCAAGCAUUGUGGGUUGCCGGAUUUCUGACCGGGGGGUUUGAUCAGCCACCUAUAGGCAAUUCUGCACUCAAGUCUGGAGUACUGUUCCUGCCGGAUCUAUCCAAGGAGACCAUGAACCAGAAAAUUUCUGAAGACUGUGUUCUUGGAUCACUCACAGGGAGUGGGUUAGAGGUUGAUGCUAUCGAUUACAAUGAUAUGCUCAUGCGAGACUUGGGCCUGAACCCAUAUCGCUUUGGGGGAGGCAUGUUGAAAGAGCUUACUGGUGUUUAUGAGCCGCGCAUAUACGCUGGAAUAGUUGAAGAGUGGCUCAUUCGUCGGGAUUUCUUGCACUUAUCCUCGCGGGGCUAA